CUGUAAAUGUAAAUAAGAUGUCAAAUAUAUAAAUAAAUAUGAAGACUACAUAUUUCAAUACACAUGAAGACAAUAUUGUUUAGCAGUGUGUAGCAUCUAACCGCUCUGACAGCCCCUGGAAGCCCCCACUCUGUGCUGAGGAGCCGAUGACUGGGGUGACUUCCUGUCAAGAACGUCCACCCCAACAACACUAGGGUUUAUUGUAUUUGUAUACUUCCUCAUAGCUGUUUUGAUCACAGUCUCCCAAAGGUAGCUGUGUGAAUAUAUAAAAAACACAUGACAUUAGAUUUCAGCGGUUUAUGAGGAACAUCACUGUACUCACACUGACCUCAUAGGCAAACCAUAUUCAAGGGAAUUUUAGCUUAAAUGCAAGCAGGAAGAAUUUGUUGGCCAGUGUAGUUCAUCGUUAUCAACAACGAACAUCACGUCUAUAACAAGAGACGCUGGGACCUUAAAAAGAUGCCAUCCGAUUCGAACCACUUUACUUUGUGGCAUUAUUGGUAUUAUUUGUGAUUACUAAUAGAUGGACAGCACGGUUGCAAUACCCUCCGAUAAGCAAUUGCGGCGCUAUUUGGGCUUCCUAAGUAAGUGUAUGACUGGGAAUUUGGUUCAAAGGAUGUCCAACUGUUUGUCCCGAUCCCGCACAAUCAUGGCAUAUGAAGCACAGUUCAUCACAUCCCAGCCCACAGACAUGCAGAAAGCCUCCAGGCUGAUGCAGAUUGUCAUUAAAAAAGGCCAAAAUGCAUGCAGUUCGUUCCUCAGAUGCCUUGGGAUUUGUGACCCGGUGUUGUAUGAGAAGGUUACAGGAUUUCCAGCACAAUUUAAGCAAGAGGACCAUCAACAUUUUGAGGAAAUUCCUUUUUCAGAAAAAUUUCAAUUUACACCUUGUAUUAUAAACAUACAAAACUCUUCCUUGACCAACUGUAUUAUUGGGAACAACAAUAGCCAAUGCAUUACCUGUGACCAGCAUAAUUUGCUCACUCAGAAUGAUGCAAACAAUGUGAAUGAGAUGGCGGACAGUCAGAGCCACGAUCAGCUGAUCCCAGUGCAGGAUACACUAAGUGGCAACAGCAUUCACAUGGAGAGAUCCAACAUAGAGUAUGUUAUUAUAGGUGACCGUAACAGUAUGACAGUCACUGAGACCUCGGAGGAUGAGGAAGAUACAGAGAUUGAGUCUGAAGUGAUUAGUUAAAAGAUGUGAAAUAGUGGGCAGGAGUUCAGACCCACAGUUUUGGAGAGCUGCAGAU